AUAUUGCCUCAAAUAAGCUCUCCCCUCACCGAUAAGGCUGCGUGCUAGUUGUAUCUUUCGACGAUACCGUCACGGGAAGUGUUCUGAAGGUUCUCCGUCCAAAGAGGUGACUGACAUCGAAGGGGCGACCAAAUAACACUAGCUUGAACCAUGAAAGUCCUCUUGCUGCUAACCGCAGUGAUGCACCUCAGUCACUGCGUGGAUUUCGCAGACGAGGUAACGAGGUUACCAGGCCUCACCGAGCCCAUUAAUUUCAAACAAUAUUCGGGCUUCCUACAAGCUGGAGGAACUCGAAAGCUGCACUACUGGUUUGUGGAAAGCCAACAUUCUCCAAAAGAAGACCCUCUCUUGGUAUGGCUGAAUGGAGGACCCGGAUGCAGCUCUAUGAUUGGACUGUUCACGGAGUUGGGUCCGUUUCUAGUUACCGCGGAGAAAACCAAGCUCCGUCUCAACCAGCAUAGCUGGAAUAAGGUGGCUAACGUGUUAUUUCUCGAAGCCCCCGCUGGCGUUGGUUUCUCCUACGACCCUUCCACGCCGCAUCACUACGUGUCUAACGAUGAGGAGACGGCGGACGACAAUUAUCGCGCCCUUCUAGAUUUUUUCCGCAAAUUUCCAGAGUUCCUUUCCAAUGACUUCUACGUCACCGGAGAAAGCUAUGGCGGCGUCUACGUCCCGAUGCUUACACAGCGCGUGCUCAAAGGCGACAAUCACAUCAAGUUGAAGGGGUACGCUGUUGGAAAUGGAUAUUUAGACAACGCUCUUCUUGGUAACGGUCUCAUGUUUUUCGGGUACUACCAUGGCCUCUGGGGACUGGGGUUGUGGAACAAACUGACUCAGCAUUGCUGCAAUGGCAGUGUUUCCCAGCAUUCCUGCCGUUUUACUGGAUCACGCGAUUACCAUUGUACAGAGGCAGUUGAUGAGGCUCUGUACAUAAUAAACGAUGAGGGUCUCAACCCCUACAACUUGUACGGUUGUUGCGAAGGCGGACUUCUAGGACGCGCCGUUCCUCCAAAGACAUCGUACAACUACCACCUGUGGAACAUGAUGAGGAGGAUCCUGGACGUCCCUCCCGGGGUCUCUGGUUCAAGGUGGGGCCAUAGCCUAAAAUGCAGCGUUACAGAAGACGACGAAGUCGCGGACUACCUUAAUCAGCCCGAAGUGAAAGCAGCUAUUCAUGUUGAUGAAUCACCGCUUAACUGGACUUCGUGCAGCGACGUGCUGAGAUACACGGAACAACAUGAUACUAUGAAGACCAUUGUGAAAGAACUGGUCGAUUCGGGAAGACUGAAGACGCUCAUAUACAACGGUGACGUUGACAUGGUCUGCAACUUUCUGGGCGACGAGUGGUUUGUGAACACUUUGGGAUAUAGGCCGACCUCCAGUUACAAGAUCUGGAAACUUCAUAAACAAGUAGCCGGCUUCUUCCAAACAUACGAGGGGAACGUCACCUUUGCAACUGUCAAGGGAUCCGGUCACAUGGUUCCUCAAAACAAGCCAGCGCAAGCUCUGAAGAUGAUCACCAAUUUCCUUACGGACAGUCCGUUUUAAAGCCCAGCGGACUGAACGACGCGGCUUCCUCGUUAUCCCGCGACAAGACACACUACACAAGACUGAAGGAAAUAACAAUAACAACAACAACAAUAAAUGAAGAAGUAAACAUAAUGUUCGAAUACA